AUGAUCACUUCACUUUUCUCCAACCUUGGGUUUAUCUACUUCCUUCUGGUGAUCAUUCAUCUGAGCUUGAGCAGUCCUAUCAACCCCGCUGAGAACCAUCACAGGGCAUCACUUGGUAGUGUCGUGGUUGAUAAUCCACUGGUUGAUGCACAGGACUUUCUAAGCCAGUUUCUGUCCACGCUGAACCUCACAAAGCUGAGGCCCCAGACCCGGCAAAUUGCUGCAUACAAAGAGCCGCCAGAGUACAUGCUUGAGCUGUACAACCGAUUUGCUAAUGACCGGACUGCUGUGCCGUCAGCCAACAUUGUGCGCAGCUUCAAUAAUGAAGAUUCAUCCCCCUACAGUAUAACACCCAGGGGUGUAAGGAUAUAUCCCUUGCUGUUUAAUAUCUCCUUGCCCCACCACGAGCGAAUAACAUUAGCUGAACUUCGACUUUUCACUUUGGUCUGGAAGGCCCAAAGACCGUCUGCUGGCUUUGAUUGCAAGGUGACAAUCUACAAAGUACAUGAGGGAGUUGUUUGGACUAAAGAGGUGGGGAAAGAAGGGAGAAGGAGGGAUAAAGAGGAGGUGUUGGAGAUGAAGGAUCUGGAGGAACUGGUGACAAAGCAUAUCCAUGCAAAAGAUAAUAGCUGGGUGUCAUUUGACCUGACGCAUGUGGUUACACUCUGGCGGAAGUCAGGGUGUGCAACUCACAGACUCGAGGUUCAUCUUGCAUGUAUGGGGUCAGAGGAUGAAGGUGCCACACAAGAGGCCACAGAGGAGGCAGAAACUUUGGUGGACAUUGACAGGAGCUUGGACGGGAAACACAAUACAAUAAUGAUUGUGUUCUCAGAUGAUCAGAGCAGAGACCACAAACAGGACAAACAAGAGCUCAUCCAAAUGAUUAACCACGAGAAUGACCUUCCUGAGAACAUGGGCAGGGGCCAAGAACCCUUCUGGGAGCAUGUUAAUCACAAGAACGGCCAUGCUAAACAGGACGAGCUGAACCAACAGUCUCUCAUGCAACCGCAGUCCAACCUUAUCUAUGACGCACCUCCUCGAAUCCGUCGCAAUGUUAAGAGCGAGUCAUGCAAAAGAACACCUCUCUUUGUGGAUUUUAAAGACAUUGGCUGGGAUUCAUGGAUCAUCCAGCCUCUGGGCUACGAAGCGUACAAGUGCAACGGCGUAUGCAACCCGCCUAUGACUUCUGAGGUCUCCCCCACCAAACAUGCCAUAGUGCAGACUCUGCUGAGCAUUAAGAGUCCAGAUAGAGCACCGCGUGCCUGCUGUGUGCCCACGAAGUUGGAGCCAAUCUCACUACUUUAUCACGAUAAUGGGGCGAUCACUUUCAACCACAAGUAUGAGGGAAUGGUGGUGGCAGAGUGUGGCUGCAGAUAG